AGUGAGGGUCUCGCGAGGCUUGGGCGCUGCGGCGGUAGGAGGAGGACAGGGAAGGACGGAGCGGAGCCACUGCUACCUCCGGAGCUCACUCCCUCGCGUGUUCACCCGCCCCCUCCCUCCCUCCCUUCCCUUCCCCAGCCCUGGCCCAUUCGCUUUUCGAUCUUCUGCUGAGAGGAUGUUGGGCUCCUCGCUCCCCAGCGCCCUGGCCCUCUCGCUGUUGCUGGUCUCUGGCUCCCUCCUCCCAGGGCCGGGCGUUGCUCAGAACGCUGGGUUUGUCAAGUCGCCCAUGUCAGAAACUAAGCUCACUGGGGACGCCUUUGAGCUGUACUGUGACGUGGUCGGGAGCCCCACGCCAGAGAUCCAGUGGUGGUACGCAGAAGUCAACCGAGCAGAGUCUUUCAGACAGCUGUGGGACGGUGCUCGGAAGCGCCGUGUCACCGUAAACACCGCCUACGGGUCAAACGGCGUGAGUGUGCUGAGAAUAACCCGGCUCACCUUGGAGGACUCUGGGACUUACGAGUGCAGGGCCAGCAACGACCCCAAGAGGAAUGACUUGAGGCAAAACCCCUCCAUAACAUGGAUUCGAGCCCAGGCCACCAUAAGCGUCCUUCAGAAGCCAAGGAUUAUCACCAGCGAAGAGGUCAUUAUUCGAGACAGCUCUCCUUUCACCCUGCAAUGUAACCUCACCUCCAGCUCUCACAUUCUUACAUACAGCUACUGGACAAAGAAUGGGGUAGAACUGACUGCCACUCGUAAGAAUGCCAGCAACAUGGAAUACAGGAUCAAUAAGCCGAGAGCUGAGGAUUCAGGCGAAUACCACUGUGUAUUUCACUUUCACAGUGCUCCUAAAGCAAAUGCCACCAUUGAAGUGAAAGCUGCUCCUGACAUCACUGGCCAUAAACGGAGUGAGAAUAAGAACGAAGGGCAGGAUGCCAUGAUGUACUGCAAGUCAGUUGGCUAUCCCCACCCAGACUGGGUCUGGCGCAAGAAGGAGAAUGGUCUGCUUGCGGAAAUUGUCAACAUCUCUGGCCGCUUCUUCAUCAUCAACAAGGAAAAUUACACUGAGCUGAGUAUUGUGAACCUCCAGAUCACAGAAGACCCUGGCGAGUAUGAAUGUAAUGCUACUAACUCCAUUGGCUCUGCCUCCGUUGUCACCAUCCUCAGAGUACGGAGCCACCUGGCCCCACUCUGGCCUUUCUUGGGAAUUCUGGCUGAAAUCAUCAUCCUUGUGGUGAUCAUUGUUGUGUAUGAGAAGAGGAAGAGGCCAGAUGAAGUUCCUGACGACGAUGAACCAGCUGGGCCAAUGAAAACCAACUCUACCAACAAUCACAAAGAUAAAAACUUGCGCCAGAGAAACACAAAUUAAGUACUACUUAUAAUGUCUUUAGGUUCCUGAAACUGGUGGCAACACAAUCUUCUAAAUUUUCUGCUUGGACCUCCUUGGUUCUCUCCCCUUUAAGUGAGCAACACACCACGACGACUGUCUAAAGCAUGCCUUAUUUAGCCUUUCCUGUAAGGGUUGACCUAGCAGGUACAUUUCAAACAAUGCUUCAGUGUAGAAGGUGUAAACUAUUUUGGGCUUGAUGUGCUGUGAAUGUUGCUUCCUUCUCCUCUAUUAAAAUAUUUAAAUAGAAGUGAAAAGGUCCUCUGAGGAUCAGAUCAUGCAUGCGCCAUUUUUUACUUACUGCAGCUGUUAAAUUGGCAAAGCUCUAAAAUGCACUACUGCCAUCUAGUGAUACAAUUUUGUAACGUACAGCAAAACCUACAGAUAUAUACAGUAUAUAAAUAUAUAUAUAUAUUUAUAUUUUUUGGGGGGGGGAGAAAUCCAAAAUAAAUGCUUGUUUCAUUUUUAAGCUGCUGAUACUCAUUCCAUAUUGUAUGUUGUCAGGUGAGGAAAUUGUGCAGUUCUGAUACAAAAAGAUGAGUAAUAUAAACUGAUAUCUAUAAUUUUAAGGGCUUAACCUAUGACUCUCAUAAGCUGGAAUAGUCCACUGAAUGGCUAUAAUGAAUUGCAGUAUAUAUAUAUAUAUAUACACACAAAAAUAUAUAUAUAUAUGUAUGAUUGCUUUUUAAGUGAUUCUUUGUUGAUAAAUUCUUACAUCCUUUUGCACUGAUGUGCUAAACCUUAUACAUUCAAUUAAGGCAAACUUUUAUAAUUUACCUUUAGUUUCCAAUGACCUUGAAAUGUUCUAGCAUGGUAUUCUAUGCAACUAGUUAUACUUUGGGGUUGACACUGUAUUUUUUCACAUUGAUUUAAUGGUUUUCUCACCUGUCAGGGUUCUCAGUAUGUAACUGUAGAUGCAUGUACUUGUGUUUUGUGUAAUUGUUGAUGUGCAAUGAUGUAUAAAAAAGUGGAUUCACCUGUUUCUAAAAAUAAAACAUUAAUAAAAGG